UUCUUCUUCGUCUUCUUCUUCAUCUUCGUUUUUUUCUUUAUUGGCGAAACACUUCCCCACUAUAUUAUUAUUCUCUUCCUUGUUCUCAGUACUCACACGCACGCAGACAAUCAGUGGUAUAUUCAAUAGAGAGAACUGCAAUCCCAACUCAUUCCUCAGAAUUUCUACAUGGCCGGACUUCCCCUUUGUCACUGUCAUUUAUCAUCGCUGACGGCACUCCCAAAUUCCCCCAAAAACAAUCACCUCUCCCUAAAUCCCUGAACCCCCCCUCUUUCUCCGAAUUGCUCCAUCACUUCCAAUCCCUCUCCAAUUCAUCGCCAUUAAUCCUCAAUGGCAGAUCCCCCUAAGCCGGAGUCCUCCGGGAGGCAAGACGCCGGCGCCUCCUUCGUCCUCGAAUCCAAGGGGCAGUGGUGGCACGCCGGGUACCACCUGACGACGGCGAUAGUGGGCCCCACGAUCCUGACGCUGCCGUACGCGUUCAGGGGGCUGGGGUGGGUCCCCGGGAUCUUCAGCCUCACCGCCAUGGGGGUCGUCUCCUUCUACUCCUACUACCUCAUGUCGCUGGUGCUGGAUUUCUGCGAGAAGGACGGCCGCCGCCACAUCCGCUUCCGGGAGCUCGCCGCCGACGUUCUGGGGUCGGGAUGGAUGUUUUACUUCGUGAUAUCGAUCCAAACCGCCAUCAACACUGGGAUCAGCAUCGGCACCCUUCUGCUUUCAGGGGAAUGCCUUCAGAUAAUGUACAAGGAUCUAUCACCCAACGGAUCAAUGGAGCUGUGGCAGUUCAUAGCAAUGGUGACGGGAGUGAUGAUGGUGCUGUCUCAGAUGCCGUCGUUCCACUCCCUCAGGCACAUCAACUUGGCCUCUUUGCUCCUCAGUUUCGGCUACACUUUCCUCGUUGUCGCCGCUUCUAUCUACGCAGGUAAAAUCCAAUCUACUUCCCUUUUUCCUCUGUUUGCAAAUUUUACAGUUCCCCCUUGCUGCCAUGAUUCAACUCCACACACUUGCCCAUUCCAGUGGCAGCAUAAUAAAUUCCCCCAUUAACUCCAAAAACACGGUUCACCUACACGAAAUCGAGAACUGGGUCCCCUCCCUGAUAUCAGUCAUUGAUGCUCUGAAGUCGACUGAAUCGCCAUGGUCUCUGGUAGAAGACGGGAUGGGACAGUGAUUGUUUGACAAUUAGUGUGUGAAUGGGUUCAUCCCUGUUGGGACGCCCUCACACUAUGGUUCACACGAUGUCAAUUGAGGAGCCCCAUUUUUGGCUGCAUUCAAGUGUUUGCUUGCAGGGAUAUACUUUGUCCACGUGGUCAUAGUUAUCACACCAUGGUUCCAAAAGAAAAACUAGCUGUUAACAUUCAUAGUAAAGUCUAAUCAACCGUCCAAAAUUCCAAUGGUUAUGCUUUCAGGUAUGUCCAAACAUGCACCUUCAAGGGACUAUUCGUUAGAGUCUGCACCCUCGCACAGAGUCUUCAGUGCCUUCACUUCCAUUUCCAUCAUAGCUUCCAUUUUCGGGAAUGGCAUCUUGCCUGAGAUCCAAGCAACUCUGGCUCCGCCGGCCACCGGGAAGAUGCUGAAAGGACUGGUGAUGUGUUACAGUGUGAUCCUAGUCACAUUCUACUCUGUUUCGGUCUCCGGCUACUAUGUGUUUGGGAACAAAUCGAGCUCCAAUAUCAUCAACAACUUCAUCCCUGAUAUUGGCCCUGCACUGGCCCCAACUUGGAUUCUUGGUGGUGCUGUUGUUUGUGUGCUCUUCCAGCUUCUCGCCAUUGGCUUGGUGUAUUCUCAAGUGGCGUUUGAGGUGAUGGAGAAGAAAUCAGCUGACCCGAAUCGAGGGAUGUUCUCCAUGAGAAACUUGAUACCCAGGAUCGUCCUUCGAUCCCUUUACAUGGGGAUCUGCGGUUUGUUGGCAGCCAUGCUUCCGUUCUUCGGAGACAUUAAUGGGAUCGUGGGAGCACUAGGGUUCAUCCCUCUGGAUUUCAUCCUCCCAAUGCUUCUCUACAACAUGACUUACAGGCCAUCCAAAUCCUCUGUCAUGUAUUGGAUGAACAUAGCGAUCAUGUUUGUUUUCACAGGGGUGGGACUCUUGGGGGCUUUCUCUUCUGUUAGGAAGCUUGUUCUUGAUGCUGACAAGUUCAAGCUUUUCAGCAGUGAUGUGGUUGAUUGACGAGAUUGCGUUAGUUCGGGGGCAAAAUUUUAGUGUUGUGGAGGAAACUGAGAGGCAUUAGGGCAUAUGCUUGCGGGAAGAAAGGUGUAGAUAAUACAUGUUAGUUAGAAAUACGGGAUUGGGGGUUUUGAGGUUUAACUGCAGAUGAGGAGAAAGGCAUUCGUUUGACCCUGACUUUCAUAUGGUGAGAUGUAUCUUUGUGUAUCAGACUAUCAGUGCAAUUGAAAUACAAACGCCUUUGGCAACAGGGCCUAUAAUUGGGGGAAAGUUGAUAAACAAAGGGAUUAUGGGCUUAUGGCCCAGGUGCCAGAUGUGGUUCAUUCG